UGAAGACACGUGAGAGCACACACACACAAACGAUACGACAAACGACAAAUUGAUAAUCAUACGUACACAAAGAAAUAACUUACCAGUCGACCGGGCAAAUGCCUCUCUGGGGUCACAUAGUAGAAAAAUAGACCUUGAUGUGUAAACCAUUCCCUCGGAAUCCGAAACCGUGCGCACUGUUUUUCCAAUCCGUGCGCAGUUGCGCACGGAUUCCCCAUGAGCAUGGUGAUGGUGAACGCCUAUCUGAUUCAGAAUGGCAAGAAUGGCAUCUAUACAGUAUGAAUGACUGAAUAUAGGGUUUAUCAUCUAUACAGAUGGACAGUCAUACUGUAUAGAUGAUAAACCCUACAUUCAGUCAGUCAUACUAUGACUGACUGAAUGUAGGGUUUAUCAUCUAUACAGUAUGAAUGACUGAAUAUAGUUUUGAUUAUCUAUACAGUAUGAAUGACUGAAUAUAGGCUUUAUCAUCUAUACAGUAUGAAUGGGUGAAUAUAGGGUUUAUAUAUACAGUAUGCAUGACUGAAUAUAUGAUUUAUCAUCUAUACAGGAUGAAUGACUGAAUGUAGGGUUUGUCUUUUCACAUGAUGAUAUUCCAAUCUCUGACUGAAACACUGUUUGCCUCAUCUUGAAUAUAUCUUAUACACACUAGUCCUGUGUAGGACCAGCCGUAACAAUACUCAUGGGGAAUCCAAACUGUGUAGAACAAACCAAAUCCGUGCGCAAGGAUUGGGUAAAUGGUGCGCACGGUUUGAGAAUCCAAGGGAACGGUUUACAAAUCUGUGCGCACAGAUUUACACGUGAAGGUAUUUUUUUACCAUGUGACCCCAGGGGGAAUCUGUACAAAUGUGUUUACUCAGUUGAGACACAAUCUGUAACAACACUGCCACCUAUUAUCAAUUCCUGGUAAUUCAUACAUUCAGUGUUCCCAAACAACAAGUAGAUUAGAUUUAGAGUUGACUAUAUAGAAUAUACACAAACACACACUUUAACCUAACAAUAAUAUGAAUCCAGAAAAAUAAACUUAGAUUAGGUACUUAAUGAAUAAGAAAAUUAAUAAAUCUAAAUGAAUUAAAUCCUACAACCAUUAGCAAAUCUUUCAAUGAUUGAAAAAAUUAACUAACUGAUUACCAAUAUUGAGACUAAUAAUUUCGGCUACUAUCGUUCUCUAGAUCUUAUCAAUUCACUCUAGUUUAACGUUUAAAAUGCUAUCAACCAAUAAGUAGACGAGUGUCUGUAAGAUUGUCCUUACAUUUUCUCGACAAUCAGCCUAUUCUGAAUGGGCACUGUUUGAACAGGCAUCGCACUCGCACUGCUACAUGUGAUAUAUAAGCCUACAAGGUCUUUUCACAACAGACGUACCCGCAGACGUAACUGUUCCUCAGCAUAGUUAUUUUUAGGUAUCAUUGCGUAAACUAUACUAUUCCUGGGAUAUUGGAUAGGGGGUCAUUAUCUAUCCAGGGUCAGAAAUUUUAAUUUGGCAGAGCUAUAGAGAAUGUCAUUACUUAAAUUUGUUACUAGAAGUACCAUAGAAGAGCUUAGAUUUGUAUCAUUCAACAUUUUAGGAAAGAUAUUAAUUCAUUGCAAAUUAUACCUCACAUUUUAGGGUGGAAAGAAUGAUACUCAUCUUCCCUUUUCUCGAACCAUAUUCGGUCAUAUUCCCUUUUCUCAAAUUUCAGAUUAUGAUUGUAGAUUAUAGUCAAAACAGAAUGACCUAGAAACUACUUUGAAAUGUAUCUUUGCAACCCAGAAACACAAGAAUACAAUGUUUUGUGUGCCUAAAUCCAUACCGGCUCCUUAAUGGCAUGUACAGUAUCUCAAAUAGAUUGCAAUUCACUGUGGACAGAAAUGUCUGUCAAAUGAUGAAAUAAUAGAUACAGUCCUUCAUUGAGGUACUCUAAUGGAUUUGAUGUUUCAUGAUGGAUGGGCGAUAUGCAGCGGUCUACUGGAUGUUUCUCUUUAUAGUAAUUUAGGGACAUAGUGUGUGUUUGAUACCUUAUGCAUACAUGCGUGUCUACAUACGUGUUUCAGUGCACCACAGUUUACAGCAGGAUCCGCUGAGACCUGUUCAACAAGCUUGAACCAUUCAUAUAACCUCAAUGUAACCAACAGCAAAGACUAAACAAAAGACAUGUUGACAACAGUCAUUCAUCAUUUGUCUCUCAUGGGUUUGAAUGAUACGCUGCUUUAGGAAUUCAACAUAAAGAUGAUGUUGAUGGAAAUAGCAUUUUUAUACAUAAAACCAUCAGAGGUAGUGUUAUUCGUCUUUAGCACAACAGCAAUGGUUUAUCUUUUAAGCAGAAAAGGUCAAUCUGAAAAUAGAACAAUCAAGAAAUGUGUCGUGUGUGUGGGAGGGCCCUGAUGUGGGCGUGUUCCCAUGUGUAUUGUUGUCCAUUAGCGAAACACACAUGGAUCAAGAUAGAGCAGGAAUCCACCCUGGCUUCAUUUUUUAAUUCUGAGCAACAGGCGGCUAGAAUAACUGAGAGACAAAUCCAUUUUUAGAAAGACGUCCACAGAGGAACAUCAUUGGCGAUUCAUUGGGUGUCAAGCAACUAUGUUGCGAGACAACCUAUUGUUUUUAUUAUUAUUAUUUUUAAAUAUGUUUUAAUGUUGAAAACUGGGGGAAUAGAACAACAAUCGGACAGUGCAGGCCUGCAAUGCAGCAAGCCAAGCCAGCCAUCACCAUCGACCCAAAUGACCAGCCUUUCCCCCCCGCCGAAGACGUCUACGAGGACAUAGACUCCGGUCACGAAGAAAAUGUCGACAGAGUGCCUCCUCCUCUCCCUCCUCCUCCUUCCCCAAGGCCGAGACCACGGCUCCAUCUCCCUCCUCCUCCUUCCCCAAGGCCACGACCAAGGCUCCCGCCCCCUCCACCUUCAAAGCCGCUCAAUGUGAGGAGACUUCCUCACCAGACAUCAGCACCUGGUCUCCAGAACCCUGCCCCUGUGUAUGAAGAGAGGAAGGUCCCUCCUCCUCCUCCUCCCAAGACCUAUAUGUACGCCAGUUUGCCCAAUCUUGCUGCUGGCUCUUCCUUAUUUCGCCCCCAGGCGUAUACUCCGAAAGAUCUUCUGGCCAAUGAGUUGCCACGGCCAGACAUCACAACAGGAGGUCCUCGACGACCUGCCCCUCCUCGUCCUCCUCCCCCGGUCAAGAUGCCAUCACUGAAUUCCUCCCCAAACUCCUCCUACGUCUCCUCAUCUCUUUGUCCGUCCUCCUGCUCCUACUCCUCCCUGUACUCCUCCUCAGGCUACGGCGAGGAACCUGUCUACGAGGAGGUGGAGGAACCCGUUUACCUUCAACUCCUGGCUGACGGGAACAGGCACUACACAUACUUAGACGAUCUUUUAGAAGACUGGAAGAAUGUCGAUGUCUGUGAUAACAUGUCUCUUGGUCUCUAUGGCGUUGGUAGAGGUGACCAAACCAGAGCUGUCAUCCAAAAGGCCAUGGCAGUGACGAGGGCCCUCAAACACUUCAAGUCCCUCCUGGACUCCCUCCAACAACGCGUCUCAGAGCUCACCACCUUCUGCGACCGCCUUGACAAGAAGCAGAAGAAGAACAAGGCCAUGGGCAUCGCCGGGAGCACCACUGGCGCCGUGGGAGGGGUGGCGGCAGUGGUGGGCGUGGCCCUCGCUCCCGCCACCAUGGGCAUUUCCCUGGUCAUCACGGCGAUUGGCGCGGGCAUGGUGGCGACCGCCAGCGGGAUCGGGGCCCGCGCCGCCAUCGCCGACAAGAAGAAAGCGGCAGGAAGAACGAGGUUCGAGGGCGUCGUGCACGACUACACAAACGACGUUGUUGACAUGGAACGCUGCUCGCUGCUCAUCCGCGAUUGGAUGGACAAGCUGAGGAGGGAUGACUGCAAAGUGCUCUGGGGACCGGAUGUCUGGCCAGAGGCACUGAGGAUUGCCGAACUAUCUCAGUUUAUGCUUGAGAAUGACAUGUUGAGUGCGUCAGGGAUGUCCACCGCGUCCAAAGGUCGGAUUUCGUCUGUAAAUCUGCUCCAGGCCUUUUCCGGAGAGUUGGAUUUGUAUUUCACUGAGAAGAAUGGUCAGAAGUUGAAAAAGUCAAAUGAGAUGAAGUUUGCAAGCAGAGUUCGACAAUUGGCAGAGAAUCUGCAGGAAGUGCUUGAUGAACUGUAUCGAAUGUGGGAAAAGAUUAGUGGUUAGUACGCCUGGCUUCCGUCCAUUCGAUCAUCCAUACUAGAAUCAAUCUAUGUAUUUGUAUGUUAUAAAGUUUAUACUUUCGAAGAAGCAACUUUAGACUAGAAAAAUGGGACUACACUUGAAUGGAUCAACUGAAACCAUCGUCACGUCCGUAGAACCAGCUUGAGAUGACAUGUGCUUUGUAACAUCAUGGCAUAAGCAGCUUGUUUCUCGGGAAAAACUUAAAAGAUGCUGCUGAGAUGCCAAAAGCACACCGUCUAGCAGUUAAACUAAUUUAUAUCCGUCUACUACUCUUAUGUGUAUGGACACAUUUUCUGUGUAUCAUUAUUUGCAUUAUUUGUGUAUCAUGUUUAUUUAUCAUGUUCAUCUUUUUUUAAUUAUUAUGUCAUACAUCCUACCCAUCGGAGCAACAACUGACCAUGUCUGUAUUAUUUCAUGCAUUGUGACUGCCACAUUAUUUUGAAAUAAAUGGCACAAACUU